AUGGCGAGCCUGCGUGAACUCUACAGCGGCAACUCUCGAGCGGGCAAACGCGAAAGCAAAGCCCUGUCUUCAUUUGAGGGUACCACCAGUCAACUUCGUGACAUUGAGGGCCUGGCUGAGUGGACUCGCUUCGGCGUCACUGCUUGCAUUAAAAACAUUUACACCCUGAACAACAAACUAGAGGAAAGCCUAGCCACAGAUGCGGAGAAGGCUGCCAAUGACAUGUCACCCAUUGAUCAGCCCCAGGACCUCUUCUCUGCCUUUGAACGGGCCUGCAAGUCUCAUGAAUCCGCCAAAAUCAAGGGCAAGGAAUACCACACCAAUGGCGUCAAGAAUGACCUUCGUCUGCUCGAGCGCACGACUGGACUCAUGCAGCAACUGGCGAAACUGCGUCAACAGCAAGAACAAGCGCCUACACGCAUGUUUCUUGACGUUUACGAUCAUCUUCAUGCUUUUCACGCAAGCGCCCUUGAGCAAUUGGAGAACCUCAAGGAAACGGCAGAGCGUGCCCGCGAAAGGCUGGCGUCUGCACAACAGUUUGAUGAAGACAUGGCGCUUCGCACCACCGCACAAAAUGCCGUACUCAAGCACAAUCUCUUGCGCAUUGAAGAGGUCAUGCGUGUCAAGGGCGAGCAUUGGGCCGAUCGAGAUCAACAACUCCAACAGGCCCACGAGUACAUUGCUGCGGCUCUGGAGGAGCACAACAAUGAUAUAUGCGCCGACUGCGGUGCUCCCGCAACUCAUGUUCGAACCGAACUCGGCACCACCCACUGUUUGCGCUGCAUCCAGAUCCAUGAGCAAUUGUUUGGCCUCGACACGCAAAAUUUUGAUUUUGUGGCCCCUUUGACUACUUGUAAGCUCUCCAAGCAUGCCCCGCGUCCCUUGAUCCCCGAUGUCCUUCUUCUCCGUCUUGUCGGAAAUCAUACCGUCAAUUCUAUACUCGAGGCCCGCCUCAAGACACCAAACUCUCCCACUGUCAAGCCCCUCCCAAGUACGGCCACGGUGGACGUGAUCAAGUACAUCACGUCCAAGUAUCGCGAUCUGACACUUACCAUCCCUCCCGUGGAAGAUCUUGUGCGGGCUGCUGCCCUCGGGCAUAUUCCGGCUCUGAUUUAUCACAUCAUAAUCUUGCGUGGGCGCAGCGAUACGCCGCGACUCGUUUCUGACGCCUGCAUCAUGGCCGCCGCUUGUGGACACACUUCGGCGCUGGCCUUGCUUCUUCGAAAUGAGGCAAGCCCUCGCCACACCAUUUCUUCCGGGGACAGCGCCCUUCACAAAGCAGUGGAGCACCAGCACGUAGAGGCGGCUCGCCUGCUUCUUUACUUUGGCGCUGACCCGCAAGCCCCCAACAACGCCGGGCUCUCCCCCUGUGUCAUGGCCGAACAAAGCGGCAACGAUUCCAUUUGCGCACUCUUCCAGUCCAACCCGGACCUGACCUUUGGGCAUUUGCGCCCUGGAGCAGCGUCUGCAAAAGAACCUCCUGCAAAUGUGUUGAACAUGCUCCAAGAUAGUUCGCCCGCCACGAUAUACGGCACCCCAACGCCACCGCACUCCCCCGCCAGCAGACGUGCCACGGAAGCGCAGGCCACUGCCCCCCCCGUUCCACCGCCUCUGGCAGCGCUUGCUCAAGGGUCGGCGGCCCGUCUGAGCCUCCCAGACAUGCUACGCGGGGGCGAAACAAGCACCGACCCCUCGCCCACACCGCGACAACGCCACCUUCCCGUAUACGAGGUGAUCCCAGACGACCCAGCCAGUAGGCCCAUGAUGAGCAAUCAAGAUCGUCAUGCGGAUAACGGACCAGAUGAGGUGGAAGACACGUCUGAUCCGGAAGGAGCCGACACUAGCGAUAGUUCAAGCGAGGAUGAGGAGCCGCUUUACGACGUUCGAGGGGACGAGGAUAUUUAUGACAUUAAUGACGAAGCUCGCUACUCACCUCACGACGCACUACAGAGCAAUAUGGUCACCCCGCCGCCCUCGUCGGAUGGCACGCCUGGCAUGUUGUACAGCCAGCCCAAUAGGGAAGACGCCUUCAUCCCAAGUAGCCAUACCGAGAGCCAGGUGGUGCUGAAUUUGCCAGCGCCUCCGUCACAGCCCGCAUCUCUCCAAGCUUCCACGCGCUCAUCUACAAGCACAGGCCCGCUAAAAGCACCUGUGCCUCCUGUGCCACCCGUUCCACCCGUUGCCCCUACCCCGCCGGUGCGGCCCUUGCCACCAACAGCGCCCAUUCCUCCCAAGCCACCCACGGCACCCACCCCGCCUCCAAGCCUAGCCCGUCCAGCGGCUGUCAAUCACAUGCCCCAGCCACCUCCACCAUAUGUGCAGUUGGGCGCGCAGAGCUCCAGCCCGGCACGACCAGCACCAUACCGCAUGCUAUCUCAACAAAGCUCCUUGGACGAUGCCAACCUUGUGUCUUCCUCGUCACCAUUGCCUGUCAGGUCUCACUUGAUGAAUGGUGCCUCUUCACAUGCUCCUACACAUGCCUCCGCACAUGCCUCCGCCCCAGGCUCACCGCUAGCGGCUUCACCCAUGCCCGGGUCCCCAGGCCGUGUAUCUCCGUCGUCGCGUUUGGCUGCUGACCUGGCUGCUCGCAUGCAGCUGCGGCAACAGCAGCUCAAAAGCGAACAGGGCUCGCGGCCUGGCUCGUCUUUGAGCGGGCAAGCCAGUAUUGAAAUGGGUGAUUUGCCCCUACCCCCACCCCUUUUGCUGGCAGAAUCUCGGACAAGCGAAAGACGUGGGCACAUGGAGCCUCUAAGCGCCCCCGUGCCUCCCACGCCGCCAGUGCCGCCUACGCCACCAGUGCCCCCGACACCUCCCGUCCCACCAGCCAAACCCACUCUUCCUCCGUCAUUUCAUGACGCCGUUCCUCGAGGACGGGCCUCCACGGCCUCGUUGGACAUGCCUCACAUCGCCGCCCUUGCUGCUGAGCCCCGUCAACGGUAG